GAUAGGCUCCAACCAAUGGCCACCCAAUCCCACAAAACACUUUACUCCGCAUUCUUUUUAUGCAAUUGGGGUUGAAUGGUCCUCGCAUUUACACAAACCCUUCUGGCAAAAACACCCUCAACUUCACUCCCACUAUAUGGCGCCAGAGGCACAUGAUGUGCAUGAAAAUGCUGCUUCUCCAACACCACCAGAGCCAAAUGAUGUGCAUGAGAAUGCUAAAUCUCCAGCACCAAAGCCGAAUGAUGCACACGAGAAUGCUACUUCUCCAUCUCAUGAAGUUGAUGGACAGCAACCGCCCAUUGAAGAAGCAACUGAUGAUAAAAGUAAAACUCCGAGACACCCUCGAUGGACCAGACAGGAAACAAUGGUCCUCAUAGAAGGCAAGAAGGUUGCAGAGAACCGGGGUCGAAGGGGUCGGAGAUGUGGUUCAGGAGCAGUUCUGGGGUCAGACGGGCUGGAACCCAAGUGGGACUUUGUCUCAUCAUACUGCAAACAGCACCACGUCAACAGAGGGCCAGUCCAGUGCCGGAAACGCUGGAGCAAUCUCGUCGGUGACUUCAAGAAAAUCAAGACAUGGGAGUCACUGGUAAAAGAUGAGGCUGAAUCGUUCUGGAUGCUGAGGAAUGAUAUGAGGAGAGAGAAUAAAUUGCCAGGUUUCUUUGAUAGUGAAGUGUAUCGUGUCUUAGAUGGGAAGGCAUUCAGUGCAGCAGCGUUUCCGUUACCACUAGUGGCAAUAGACUCCAAGGACAUUGAUGAUGGAGUGGAAGCAGUGAUGGCAGAGGAAGCCGACGAAGAGGAAGAGGAGUCGGCUGAGGCAGUUUUUGAUAGUAGUAGACAUGCCACAGCAGAGGAUGGUCUGUUUUCGGAUUUUGAACAGCCGGACCAGGAGAUCGGAAGGAGCUCAGAGAAAAAAACUGUUGUGGAAGAGACUACAACAAAGAGAGUACAUGCCCCAAUACCUAUUUCAGUAGGGUUCUGCAGCAAUUCAAAGAUAAAGCAAGGUACAGCAAAAGGAAAACAGUCAACCACAAAUUUCUGUAGAGGAUCAAUGUCCCACGAGGGAUGGAAGAGGAGACGGUUGUCCUUUGAUGGAUGUAGCGAUACCAAUCUGGAGGGGCAAUUGACCGAAGUUCUAGAGAGGAACAGUGACAUGCUGAAUGCGCAACUUGAAGCUCACAACACGAAUUGUCAAUUGGAUAUGAAGCAGAGGAGGGACCAUAACGACAGCUUAGUUGCUGCUCUAAGUAAGAUUACAGAUGCCCUAGUGAGGAUCGCGGAUAAGUUAUAAGAGAACGUCACGGAGAUAUUUAAGGUCCUUUAUAGCUUCCUGCAACUUAGCACAAUAUUAAUGGAUGAUAAAAUCAGAGUUUUCAAUCAGAUUCAACCAUGCUAUCAGUUUAUUCUUUCAUAUCAGCACUCAAAAAAGGGAAUUACAUUUUUCUUCC